UCACAAACCCUAAGAAGCUUCUCAUCUUCCUCACAAACCCUAAGAAGCUUCUCAUCUUCUCUUUCUCUCGAAAAUUCCGAUUUGCUCUUUUGAAACUUCCGAUGACGAAGAAACUCGAUCCACCAACGGCACCUUCAAGCGACGAAGAUGACGUCGAGACUUCCGAAGAUGAUUCCUCUUCAUCUGAAGAAGACGAACCAAUCAAAUCCCUUCCCGCCACAACCGCCGCUGCUCCUGCUAAAUCCACCGCCGUCUCCGCCGCUACUCCAGCUAAAUCCACCUCCGUCUCCGCCGCUGCUCCUUCUAAAUCCACCGCCGUCUCCGCCGCUGCUGAUUCCGAUUCUGGUUCGGAGAGUGAAACAGAUUCGGAUUCUGAAUCGACGGAUCCUCCGAAAUCUGGAUCCGGUAAAACAAUCGCUUCAAAGAAGAAAGAUGAUCCGUCGUCGUCGACUGCUACUUUAGCUUUACCGGCGGUGAAAUCUGGAGCAAAGAGGGCAGCGAGUGAAGCUGCGACGACUUCAACGAAACGAGUCAAGAAAGAUGAAGAGAGUGUAAAGAAGCCAGCACUUUUUCAAAGACUAUGGAGUGACGAUGACGAAAUCUCUAUGUUACAAGGAAUGAUAGAUUAUCAUGCUGAUACAGGGAAGUCUCCUUCCGCAGAUACUAAUGCGUUUUACGAGUUCCAGAAGAAAUCUAUCAGCUUUGAGGUUAGUAAGAGUCAAUUCUCGGAUAAGGUUAGGAGUUUAAGGAAGAAGUACCGUGCUAAAGAAGGAAAGGACGAACCUAGGUUUGUGAAAGCUCAUGAUAAGAAAGCUUUUGAAUUGUCAAAGUUUAUUUGGGGACCUAAAGGAAUAGCUCUUGAUUCUAAUGCUAAGUCCAACGGUGUGUCGAAAAAGAGUGCGAGUAAGACGAAGGAGAAGCUUGAUUCUGUAAAGCAAGACUUGGCGUUUGUUGGUGUUUCUUCAACUAAUGGAGAUGAUUGGUUUGAGAAGUCGUCUCUUGCUAGGAUGAUUGCUGGUUCGGGUAUUGAUGAGUAUUAUGUGAGGCAGAAAUGGAGUUCGUUUACUCUUGAGACUAAGAAGAUUGUUGAAGAGAAGUUUCAGUUGAUGCAAGCUAAAGAGCUUGAGGCUAUGUUGGAUAAGAGUGUGCGUUUGACUGACCUUACGUCUUACUUCGUUGAUGCUUCGAAGAACUAGAGCUACUAGUUACUUAGAUUUGUCGGUUUUUUGUAUCGUAAUGCUAUGCAUAAUGCUUUCUUUUGUUUUUCGGAUUUAGGAUUUGAUUCUUUCUGGUUUGUUUUUUUGGGGUUGAAAGAUUCUCUACGUUAUAAUAUUUAUUUUUUUAUUCGUCAACUUGUCC